AUGUCUUUGGACCCGCGCUUUUACAAUAGUAUUGCCCAUCUCCCGCCGAGACCCUCUUUGUCGCAUUCCUCGUCAAACUACCCGCCCGAAUAUGGAAGCUUUACGCCGAGCAUGGCUUCUUUCACGUCAGCGUCCGUGGCGGGAGUUAGGUCAACUGCGUCGAGCCCGUCGUUGCGAUCGAAAGAGAGAAUAAUAGCGCCCGCGACCAGGCCUGGAACUCCCAUGAAUGGAGGCGGGGGCGGAGGAAACGUCAAGGUGGUUGUCAGAGUCAGAGGGUUCUUACCGAGGGAGAUACAACGUGGAGCGCACUGUUUAGUUCAUAUGAACCCGGCUACUCAGAGCACAACGCUCUUGGCACCGUCUGGAGCUCAAGGCCAAAUCUCUAAGGUGCAAAGUCGAAGCAAGGUGGUCGAAGAUAAGACAUUUACGUUUGAUAAUUCCUUUUGGUCGCAUGAUGAAGACGAUCCCCACUACGCAACCCAAGAAGACGUGUAUAACUGCCUGGGAGAAGAGUUUCUUGAUCACAAUUUCGAGGGUUACCACACGUGUAUAUUUGCUUAUGGUCAAACAGGAUCCGGAAAGAGUUAUACAAUGAUGGGAACCCCCGAGAACCCAGGUCUAAUCCCCCGAACGUGCGAAGACCUCUUCCAGCGAAUCGAAAAUUCCCAGUCGCCCGAUGUGACGUACCAUGUUCGAGUGUCAUAUUUUGAAGUAUACAAUGAACAUGUUCGCGAUUUGCUCGUGCCGAGAACAGAUACGCCCUACUAUCUGAAAAUUCGAGAAUCUCCCACAGACGGGCCAUAUGUGAAAGAUCUCACCGAUGUUCCCGUUCGAAAUUUCGCAGAGGUGUUACGCUACAUGAGAAAAGGAGACGCGUCCCGGACGACCGCAAGUACCAAAAUGAACGAUACUAGCUCGCGAUCCCAUGCAGUUUUCACUAUCAUGUUGAAACAAAUACACCAUGAUCUUACCACUGAUGAAACCAUUGAGCGCACUGCAAGAAUUCGACUGGUGGAUCUAGCGGGAUCAGAACGAGCGAAAGCAACCGAGGCAACUGGGCAGCGGCUACGAGAAGGGUCGAACAUUAACAAAUCGCUUACCACAUUGGGCCGCGUGAUAGCUGCACUAGCAGACAAUAGACCUGGACGUGCUCGUAAAAAUAAGGAUAUCGUUCCAUAUCGUGACUCUAUCUUGACUUGGCUACUUAAAGACAGCUUAGGAGGGAAUUCAAAAACAGCAAUGAUUGCGUGUAUCGCUCCGUCAGACUACGAAGAAACGCUAUCAACACUCCGCUACGCCGACCAAGCCAAGCGCAUCCGAACCCGGGCGGUUAUCAACCAAGAUCAUGUCUCAGCUGCAGAGAGAGACGCACAGAUUGCAGAGAUGGCUGAGACUAUUCGCACACUUCAAUUGAGUGUCAGCCAGCAAGCCGUCUCUAAACGUGACAUGGAAAUGCAGAACGAAAAGCUUGAGGAAUACCAAAAGCAAGUGACAAAGCUCCAAAGACUGAUGGAAGAAACCAAAAUGGUCAGUGAAAACAAGAUUCGACAGCUUCAGACCGAAAAUGAAGCUCUAAGGCUUCAUUUGCGUCUUGCAUUGGACAGUUUGAAGAAUCCGAUACCCCCUGUUGAAGUGAUCAAGAGGCGUAAUCGGAAUAGCAGCCCCGCUCUAGCAUCAGCUAAGGAAGAGAUUAAGAGCGAGAAGGAUCGAGACAAAGAAAACACGGCACCACAAGAGCCACCGGAUCUUAUCUGGGAGGAUUCCAUCAGCGAACUGGAUGUCGAGGUGCAGGCCGAGAUGGAGGAUCUUCUUUCCGACCUAAGCUUCUUCCGACGUAAGCUGGCCGACGAUUGUGAAAGGUUCGGCGUAAAACGACGGAGUCGCGGGGAUCGCAAAACACUUUCUGAAGUUUCGAUGAAUAGAUGACGGAUUAAUUGGCUUGGAGUUUUCCCAUGGAAUCCCGAGGACUUGGAGUUUGGACGGAAGUUUUGCGAGCGCAUGGGCUUUGUUUCGGAUGAGUGAACUGAUUUUUCAUUUUCGACUGAAGAACGACGUUUUUAUGCAUGACUUUCUUGAGAUAUUCUUAUGCUUCUGAUACUCUAGGUGGGUCAGGUUUGUCAGGACAGCGAUGACCUUGUAUGUUGUAUGAUCAGUCAUUCUUCCUUCUAUUAUCACAGGAUAAGAAAAUACUUCUUGUGUGACAUUGA